GUGGGGAACUCUCAUUCUCCAGUCGAGAAGCGAAAACAUGGCGAAGAGAUCGGAUUUUGCUCAGAAGCUGUUGGAUGAUCUCCGAGUCCGGAAGGAGCGGAUGGCUGCCUCUCAUCAUCAUCAGAACUCCAGAGGUUCAAGACCAGUUGCUUCAGAUUCAUAUGCAUACACCAAACCAACAUCUAGAAGUUCCAGGGACAUGAGAACUCAACAGACAGCAGGCAUUAGGACUGCAGCUGGGCACAAUAGACAUAGUUCAAGCAACAGAUCAAUUUCAAUGGAGAACAAUUCAAAGCAGCUUGUUCCAGUUAGGAGAGGUCAACAACAAAACCAUCAUCAACAAGUUGGAGAUCUCACCAUGGCGCUAACUUUUGCUAUUGAGAACGGAGCAAAACUCGGGAGAAUGGAUGCACCUGGGAGCAGGUCAAUGCUGAAUUUCCUGCAUCAAAUUAGCAGAAGAUCAGUGGACUGGGGAAACAUGCAGAAAGCAAGUAACAUAGACAUCCACUUCUCUUCUUCCAGCCAUCUUCCAGCGCUAUCUAAUCACCAUAUCCGAGAGAUUUCCAAAGGGGCACAACGAUUGAAUCAGAUCUUGAGAGCUUGCUCUAAUGGCCACAACAUUGAUACUUAUUCAGUUGAGAUAGGGAAAGAGCUGCUGAAAGGAGCCAUGGAUUUGCAAGAAUCACUAAGGAUGCUUGUAAACCUACAAGAAGGCUCGGAUUACACAGUCACUCCGCAGAGAAAAGGCCGGAUCAAGUUACUUGAUGAGGAGGGUGAAGAAGAAGAUGAUGAUGAAGACGAGAAAGCCAUGAAAGGUGCAAUUCAGAUGAAGCAGAUUGCUCUUCCAAGAUUUUCAUUUGACAGAAGACCUUCAAAGACUCCUUCUACCUACACCAAGGAAAUUACGAGAAGUGAUCUCAAACAGAGGAUGCUAAUGGCCCUGCCUUACGCUUCUGAGGACCCUGAAAAGGUUUCUGAUGUUGGCCACUCGACUAUUCCUUCUCACAAGCGAUCAUCCAGCCGUGUGCCCAGUGUGAGGAAUCCGACAGUUACUGAAACGAGGAAUCAAUCAAGUGCAUCAAAACCCAAGACAGAAAAGAAAAGGAUCUCUAACGUAGUUGCUAAAUUGAUGGGGAUGGAAGAACUUCCAGAAAAUGAAGAUGUAGUGGAUGGUACUAUGGAGAAAGAGGCCAGUUCCAGGAAGAAAAGUGUGGCGUCAGUUGUGACUUCCCCGGAGAAGGGUAAUGAUAGGCGGAAGAAAAAAGAUGUGGAGAAUUUGGUACCUCCUCCACCUCCAGGAAGGAAGCAAAAGCAGGUGAUGCAAGAAGAAACAUCUGCACUGCAAUCGGAACAAAAUGAUAGAAGAAAAAUCCACAAUGAUGCCGAAGGGAUAAAGCCAAUGAGAGGGUCGAACAUGGCUAACAUGAAAAUAGACAAGCAGCAAAGCAACUAUAUAUCAAGCCAACUCAACAGAAGUGUAAAGGAGAUUGGAGAGAAAGAAGGGAAAUAUAACAAUGCAGAGGUCAAGCGGGGACAGAAAGUCGAUGAUUUUGAGGACAUGAUCCCACGACAUGACCAAUACCAGUUGGUAAUGGUGCCACAGUCAGUGAGAGGCUCUGAAUCUGCUAUUACUUGGCCGGCUCAAACAGAGUUCAAGGUGGCGAAGAGAGGUGCAAACAAGCAGAACUCAAGCAAUCGAGUGAAAGAGAGCCAAAACCAGCACCAGCCUAGUUUGGCCAAGAAUUUGGAUUCAAAAGACAUGAAGCUACAGAAGACUCAAAUGAAGAGGCAAGAAACAGCGCAGCGAAUCCAAGCAGCUCCUCAUGGCAAAAGCCACAUACAAUCGGAAGAUACAACAACCAAAAGGGUUGCACAUAAUACAUCCAAUGGAGAUCUUGAACCAGCCAGAAGUUCAGCUACUGCAAUUGUCCACAAGCAGGAUUCGAGAAGCAGAAACUUGAAUGAAAAUUUUCCUUCCAAAGAUCAGAAAUCAGAUAACACUACGAAGACAAAGAAUAGAACUCCCUUUUCAGGAUCUGGCAAGGAAGAGAAAAUUGCUCGCCUGCCAGCCACAGAGCUGAAAAAUCCACCCACAAGAGCACAGAAAGUGGAAACUGCCCGAAGGAUUGAUGAACUUGCAGACAAGAGGAGAGGAGCUUCACAAAAGUUACCCAACCCGCCCCUGGUGAAACGCCAGGCUUCCUCCACAUUCCCACAAAAGAAGCAAAGGGGAGUCGAUAAAAAGCUGAGUGCAGCAAAGGAAACAAAUAAGGAGAGAUCAGGGAAGCUCAAAGAUCCAAAAGUUCAACUAGUCAAAUCCGAAAAGCCUGCAGCAAGCAUUCAGCAAGCAUACACAUCAAAAGAGCCACAAACUGAGACUGGGGAAGCUUUGUAUUUCCAAUUACAUGAUGAUCUAAGUGACGAUGGUGCAAGCCUCAAGGGUCCAGAAUUCCCAAUUUAUUCUGAGAACAUAGUCUCAACGGAGAUAGGUAAGCAAGAGGAUCAAGACACCAACAACGCCGGAAGUGAUGAACAUGAGUCUCAACCAAAUGUCUCAGAUUCAGUAAAAGAAGACCAACAACUGAACCAGGAGGACCAAAAUGUAAGCCAACAGAAGCCAUUAGCAAAGCCACUGACAGAAGCUGAGAAUCUCCUGAAGCAAAUUCUGGUAAAGAACCAGCGAUUCCUCGAUACAGCCGAGGCACUCUUCCUGCUCAACAUUCCCAUAGAAAUCCUCAACGUCGUCUGCGACGCCCCCGAUUUCCACAAUCAAGAGAGCAGACUGACGGCAGAUUGCGGGUACGAAGUAAUGAAACGGAAGGGGAAAAGACAAGAGUUGCUCAGAACUCAUCGCUACACGAAGCUACGCCUCAAUUCUACGGAAAACCUAGAUGACCUAAUCAAGCAACUGUGCAAUGAUCUCGAGAAGCUGAGAUUGUACGGAAGGAACGGAAACGCGGAGUCGGGAAUCGAAGAUUACCUGCCGAAGAUGCUCGAAGCCGAUGUUUGUAACAGCGAGCCGGACGUGAAUUCAAUGUGGGAGAUCGGCUGGGAGAAGGCCGAUUUGAAGUUUCCUGAGGAGGAGGAAGUGAUACGAGAGGUCGAGAAGCAGGUCCUGAAUGGGCUUCUCGAUGAGGUCGUCGGCGACUUUCUGGCAGUGUUCUGAUCGGGAGAAUCGUCGUUCCCGGUGAUUUUUUUGCGCGGGGGAAUUUUUUUUUUUUUUUUUUUUUGUUGUUGUAAAAAUGGAACUCUGCUUGUUUCCGGUUCCUUCCUCCCUCUUGUGUGUGGGU